GAAAUAAACGAAACCAUAUAAUUUUUUUCUGUUUUGUCAAAAAGAAAAAUAAACCCCCAAAUCGAUUCUCCUCUCUAGAACCCUAGAUGGAGAGAUUGAAACGAGGAAGGAUUUCUGGGUUUGGUAGGAUUUUUCUUUUCCUUGUGAGAUUUGAAAGUUUCAAUUUUUAUUGGUGAUCAUCUUUCUGGAUUUUGGGGGGUUGGGUUACUUCUCUGUUUUGUGAGAUGUCACAUGUUGCUAAAGUCUCUGAGUUUCACAGAGAAGGGAACGACUGGUUUUGUAAGACAGGACUGUCAAGUGAUAUCAAUGUUGUUGUUGAUGAUGUGAAGUUCCAUCUUCAUAAGAGAAGUGAUGGAGGCGGCGUUUUUGAAAUUCUGGAUAGAAUGAAUGGACCCGUACUUUGCGGCUGUCAGACUCUUGCUGCUUGCCAGCCAGGGGAAGCUUAUGGUUCAUGCAAAAAUGCUACUCUACAGAAGAGAACUCCAAACAUGGAUUCAACAACUGGAAAUUACUCAGGUGCAAGCUAGUCAGGUUCAGUUCAGUUCUCAAAAUCCUUAGCUUCUGCAGUCUAUCCACGAAACAUCGUUGUUGUCUUCUGCUUCUCAUGGCUUCCAUUGCUGAUCCCGUGGUUAAUUCUCGAGCUCUCUGGUUUUUGCCCGUUUGUUUCGGGUUUGAGUUUCUUUGCGAUCAGAUUAAUAUAUUAACCGUAGCGGCAUUGUCUUAAAAAUUAUGUUUUUAAUUUUUAAGUUUGUAUCUUUGAU